GCUCGAAUCGGUUGGGCGAAUCGGGUAAUCCGAAUAAGCGGGUCAAAAAUCGAAUUUAUAUCGAUAAAUAAAUUAAUCAAACAUCAAUUAAAAGCAAUUUUAUUUCGGUUUGAUGUAUUUUCAGUUACGUACAAUUAGUGUUCGGUUCAAUAAACUGUAUAUGUACCAGUGUGAGUGUAGUGUUAAUCACAGAUAGAGCAGAGUUAAUGUUGAGGUUUUUGUGGCUAACAGGACAAUGAUCGGGACUAUGUGCCUAUGGAAAGUGGACCAGUGUUGCGUUUGACGUGAUUUAGAGACAUACUGGGCGCUUUAGUCUUUUAAGAUGGCUGACAAUGUUGCUUUUGAUGAUGAGAAGCUGGUGGUAGGGAGUCCAAACCAACGCAACUGGAGGGGUAUUCUCAUCGCUCUGCUUGUGAUAGUCGCUGUGCUGGCCUUAAUUGUGACCUCAGUGGUGCUACUCACUCCGCCUGAUGAAGGGCCGAGGGUAAAAGGGAGGAGGCUUAAGAUACAGGACCUGCUCACUGAAGAAUUAGUGCCUGCUCGAUGGAAUGGAACGUGGAUAUCUGGUGACGAGUUCGUGUAUCGGGAUCCGUGGGGCGGAAUCAGCCUCCUGUUUGCAGCCAAUCAGACUUCAAAAACCCUCAUGCCGAAUUCUACGUUUAGGGUUCUGGAGCCAGCCUCAUACUCCCUGUCAGCAGACCGUCGGUUUCUGCUGCUGGCACAUGCGCCUCGCAAGCUGCAUCAGUAUUCCUACCUUGCGCGGUACACUGUGUACGACAUACUCACAACAGAGUCCUACCCGCUAACACCACUACCUGACGACAUUGGCGGAGGAGUUAUAACCGAAGGUCCUUUCCUCCUCCUCGCCAUGUGGACACCCAAGGGUCACGGCCUUAUCACGGUGAAGGACUACGACAUCUUCUACCGGCCAGCGCCGAGGUCUUCCACAGGAUACCGGGUCACAGACACGGGUGUACCUGGUAGAGUGAACAAUGGUGUCCCGGAUUGGUUGUAUGAGGUGGAAAUCCUCAAAUCUCGAUCAGCAUUAUGGAUGUCAGCUGAUGGCCACAUGGUGCUGUAUGCCACCUUCAACGACAGUCUGGUCCACGAACAGAAAUAUCCGUGGUAUGGGGCAGCAUUGGAUACUGAUGACCCAGCUAAGACGUACCCGGAGAUCAGAAGCGUAAGGUAUCCCAAGCCUGGUACAAAUAAUCCCACAGUGAAGCUGACAGUGGCGGAUAUUGCGGAUCCCAAGCACAUCCGCACACGACACCUCACACCGCCGAAAGCUAUUCUUGAAGAAGGGGACUACUACUUCACAAGCGCGCAGUGGGUGUCCCUCACAGAAGUGUGUGUGGUUUGGCUCACUCGGGUACAGAAUCUCUCCGUCGUGUCUGUGUGCAAGAGCCCUAUGUGGUUUUGCCAAGAGGUGUACAGAAUAUUUUCGGGCACUGAAGGCUGGGUGGAGUCUGCCCCAGCACCGUUAUGGUCAGCAGGCGGCGGGGCCUUGGUGACGCUGGCCCCAAUCAGAGACGGCCCCGCGGGGCUGUUCCGCCACGUGGUGAGGGCUGAACAUAACGCUCACGGCUCGAGAGCGCUGCCUCUCACGCAUGGAAGCUUUGAUGUCGUUAAACUAUUAGCAUGGGAUCAUGCGAACCAACAUAUAUAUUACUUAGGGAUACCAGAGGGGAAACCAGGACAGCAGCAUCUAUACAGAGUAUCGUCGGAGGCUCCGAGACCCGGCACUCCUCAGAAACUUCCGUACUGCGUUACUUGUAACUCGCAGCCGUCUCCGUCAAUUAAUCUAGAAUUCUAUGGAAACUUAGCGUCAUCAGGGGAUAGUGCUUGGGACAACGAUUGGGACGAAGAAAUGCCUGCUACGUCACCUUCGCCUUCUAAAAAAAAGAAAAAAAAGCAACCCGAAAACAUACCACAGAACCUACCGUGCCUAUACCACGAUGCCUACUUCAGCCCGUCGUCGACGUACUUCGUGCUGGAGUGUCUGGGACCAGGAGUGCCGACGUCCAACUUGCACAAAAUAUCGCUCCCAGAGCCGAGACUUUUGAUGCACCUCGAAAACAACACAUCGGUUAAGGAGAAGCUGUCUGUAAUAGCUCUUCCGACACCGCGUACAUUCUCCGUGCAGCUGUCCAGUGGCAACACUGCAAGGGUGCGGCUUUUACUACCCCCGGGCUUGAGAGAAGAUGAAGUCACCAAGUAUCCACUAGUCAUGAAAGUCCAUGGAGCACCAGGAACUCAGCUAGUAACAGAGCAAUGGGCCCUGGACUGGGGCUCGCUAGCAGCCGGUGCGGGGGCCAUACUAGCGUCCGUGGACGCGCGAGGCGCGGGCGGGCGCGGGCUGGCGGCGCAUCACACGUUGCACAGAAGACUGGGCACUGUCGAGUUAGCUGAUCAGUUGGAAGUUGCUGAGUACCUCCGCGACUCUCUGCACUUCAUCGAUUCACGCAGGGUGGCAGUAUGGGGCCGAGGCCACGGCGGCUUCUUGGCCGCCCUAGCACUGGCCAGCACCAACCCGCCCAGUGUCUUCCACUGCGGUAUCUCCAUCACGCCUAUCGUGCGUUGGCGGUAUUACGCAUCAGCAUACGCAGAGCGGUACAUGGGCUUCCCCAACGCGACGGGCAACUACCGCGGGUACGCAGACGCCGACGUCACCAAGCAAGUGGCGGCGCUGCACGACAAGAUGCUGCUGCUGGUGCACGGCACGGCCGAUGACAACGUGCACUUACAGCAGACCAUGGCGCUGGCGAGAGCCCUGUCAGACCAGGGCAGCACGUUUAGACUUCAAAUAUACCCCGACGAAGCCCACGGCCUGGAAGGUGUCCGCCGCCACCUGUACCGCACGAUGUCGUCGUUCCUGGACGACUGCUUCAGGAAGCAGGUGCCGCCCGAGACGAAGGCCGGCUUGCGCAACGGCGGCAACCUCGACUGAGACUCGUGGAGGGAUGAGGAGUUGUACUCUUGGUAAUUGCAGAGAAGUAGACGCAAAAAAAAAAUACGACAAAAUCUGUAGUACAAUUUUUUCCAUAUCCCAUUCAAUAAUUUACUGCCAAAUGGACUGUUACAAACACAUCAGUUAAGUAUGUGAUACAUAGGUAUAAAGAAUAAGGAUUUUAUGCGAUUGUGAGAGAGCAUGAAGAAGACAGCAAAAAACUUUUUUCGAACGACGCUUUUUCUUUAAAUUUGACGAAUAAGUACCUACGUAUUCGUUACUGAUAAGGAAACGGUAUUCCUAUUUCAUUUACAAUUAAUUAUAUUAUAAUCACUCGACAUCAUAUUUUUUAUUGUAAUGAAUACCUACUGGUUUUUUUAAUAUUAAUUAUAUUUUUGUAAGUAUACUUAUUUGCUUAUUCAAAUAUUUCAAAGACAGUAAUUUUUUUGUUAUUAACAUCUGUUUUAUCAAACACCAUAUUAUUAGGUUCGAUAAAUGUAGCUUUCAAUUUAAUUUUAUCGUAGGUACAUUGAAACGAUACAAAUUAAGGAGAGUGCCCAAAAACCCACCGUCGAUUAAAAUUAUUUAAUUAAGAUAUACAAUCAUUAAUAGGAGGUCGGAAGCAGACAAAAAAAAUGCAUAUUAGUUUCAAGUUUUGAAAUGCAAACCAUAUAAGAAACAAGCAAAUUUGACAAAACUCCUCAUCUUUCUCCUUGUCUCAUGUCUUCGUGAACUUAUUGCAAAAGUAUCAAGUUUAAUUUUUAAUUUAAAUUACUAAACAGUGUAGCUAAUUCUGUUGUACACAAUCUCUUAAACUAAAAUGACAGAUCUUGCUAUUGCUAUUCCUUUCAUUACGGUCUCUACGGAAAAGGAUAUCACUAGAUUUAACUCUGUUUUAGGUCCUUUAAUUUAAAGAUUUUGCACAACAGAAGAGUCUUUCAACUUUAAAAAAAAAACUGUUAUUUAAGUUGAAAUGUAUAGAAUUUAGCAAUGUUAUUGCAUGGUGCAUGUAAAAUAUUCGCUAUAUUCAAUAAAUAAUUCAUUUGAAGAAAUUUCCAUAAAACUCAUUUAAUAUACCUAAUAAUUACUUUGCAAAAUUCCGCAAAAGACUGUUGUAACUAAGUAGAAAAUUGCAAAGUACUUACCUAUUAUGGAGUUCUUCAAAUUUCUACUCGCCACAUCUAUCACACAAACAUUGAUUUAGUGAUUAAUAAAGGAAUUGAUCGUAGCCCUUUAGUCAAUGAGUUUUGUGAUCUUAGCUUAAGUUGUUAAAGUAGAUAGUUUGGAGUAAAUUUAAAUUGUAUACAUACAAAAUAACAUAGUGAUGCCCUAUUCACGGCCUAAGCUGAGGCUUAGGGUGUACAUUUGCGGAAGAUCUUUGGGAUUUCACAGAAUAAGGUGGACCUUAUUAUAAACGGGGGACCACGUCUUUGCAAACAAGGACGUCACGUAGGUUGUUUGAUGUAUUGUUACGAGUAUGUGCAUUCCUAUUAUAUCAAUUUAAUGAUUCUGCCUCUUGUUGUGAGUUCUGAGAUUGGAUAAGACCUCAAGCCUCUACCUCCAAUAGGUGUGAUAUCCCUACAUGCGUAAACGUAUGCGGAAGAGAGCCUUCAAUAUAUAAUUUUAAAAGUUCAUAUCUCCGUAACUCAUGACACUGUAAUCUGCGGCAAUCGUUCCUCAGUUAUUAUUAUUUAACCCAUACAAGAAGUACCUAAUAAGGAAUGAUUUGUGAUCACUAAAACUAGUUGAGAAAAAAAGAGUUGCCUUCUAUUUUCUAGAAGAUAUCCAUCAAGCUUCGGUUGUGAACUUACCUACUCGUAGCUCUGUAAAUUAUGACAACCAAGAUAUUAUUAUUAUUAUUAUAAAAAUAUUAUUAUUAUUUUUGUUUUUAAGUGGAAUUAAAUUAAUAAUAAAAUAAUUUUAAAUAACUUUCACUCCACACUCGAAGCAAAAAAAACGCAGUUUAAAAAAUGAACUAUUAUUUUGGAGGUGGUAAAGUGUAAUUUCUAAAUGACAAAUAAUUGUACAGACGUAUUUUAUAAUAUUUUAGAUAAUGUAGAAAAAGUAACGCCUUCAUAAGUACUUGUAAGUAUCUAUCUUACAUUAAACAAGAGUUGAGUGGAAUUAGAAAUCACUCUUCUGAAUCUUCGUCUGCUUGGGAGCUGGGAACAUACUUUUCAUAUAAGCAUUUGAAAUCUCAACCAAAUAAAAAGGUAGUAGACUGUCCAGUACUUUUGAAAAUUUUAUGUAAGUAGUUCAAAAGCGUAAUAAUUAAAAAAAGGUAUUUAAAACUGCUCACGAUGUUGAUUUUAGCAUUCAAUUGGAGUUUUCAUCAGUGAAGGUUUUAAUGAAAGCGUAGUUAGACUGUGAGAUAAAUUGACAAAAAUGCUAAUUUUGAUUAAUAGUUUACCUCUCAAGGUCCAUGCUCUCAAUUUACAACUUCAAAGAGAGAAAUUGGUCACUAGAAUAAUAACUAUUGUAAGAUACAAAUUUUGUACAUACGUAUUAUAUUUAUCUAUAUAAAACCGUUAAAACUUGCUCAUUCUCGUAUUUUAAAGUUUUGCAUGUUUCUAGUCACAUCAUUUAAACAUUAUUUAACUAAGUAUUUAUAGCAUAAUAAUUAAACUUAGUAAAGACCAAUAGAUUUAAAAUAUUUAAAUUCAUGAUAAAAUUUUAAAAUGAUUCGAUUUGAAUCUCUAGCAACUCAUUUAGUGCUUUAAUAAUCCUAGUCACGUUCGAAUCGUGAGUUUUAAGGCGAAAAUAACUUAAAUAGCAAUAAAUAAUAGUGAAAGUAAUCUUUUAUUACAUAGAUAACCAUUUUUCUUCUGUAGGCACCAUUGUUUAAAGUAAUAAAACUUUUAUAAAUUGCUCUUCAAAACGUAGUAUGAUUCCAUAAUUAAAGUGCAACCUUUUUAUUCAUAACACCAGUUUAUACCUACAAUAAGAAAUAUUUUAAAUAAAUUGCCAAUUUUAUUUUUACUGUAAUUUUUUAUUCUUUUAAGUCGAAAAUAAUCCAUAAACGCCAAAUAGACCAGGCAAGUAAGACCUACAAUCAAUUUACCUGUGCAAUCCAAAAACCUAUAUAAGAACUUACCAAAAUAUAAGAUGUAAAAUUGAAUAAAUUAAAAUAAAUAACAAUAUAGGUUAUAUUACAUUGUCUUGUUGAAUACCCUAACUAACACCAGAUAUUUUAUUAUGUGCUUUGUAUAAGUCCGCAGAAUCGCGGAAAACUACAAAGCAAAAAUGACUACGGCGUCGCUACGACGUAGGCGCGUUUGUAUGACGUUUAAGGAUUAGCUACUUUAAAUAUAUGAAUUAUACCUGUCGAUAUAUUUAAGAGGAUGCAAAGUGAGAAAGACCUAAGUGCCAAAGCGUCUAUGUUUCCGUAAUGUUUCUUAUAGUGAUUUAGAUUAAGUAACAAAAUAAAAUAUAACGAAUCGAUUCUCAUGGUUACAUUAGAUUUUUGCGCUUAUUUAGUGCGUAGGUAGUUACGUUACGAAAACUAAGUGCUUUAGGACCAGCGGACUAAGUGGAAGUGGCCAUAUUAUGUUGGAUUUAAAAUUCAUUAUUAAAUUGUAACUCCUUUGAAUGAAUAUAAAAAUAAGAUAAAUAGGUAUGAUGAGCACCUUAAAUUGAGUGAAGUUGUUUCAUAAAAAUUAAUACUUCUUAAUGAUUAUUUUUUUAUAAAUAUAUAACAAUCCGGCUUUACUCGCGUGUUUUAGUCGACGUAAACGGGAGCUGAGUCCCUAUAAAAAACGACCCUGGAUGGGUUCGAAACUUGUCGGACUUACGUCGACUAAACACGUGAGUAAAGCCGAAUUCUUAUAUAUUUAUAAUGGAAAUCUCUCACAAAACGAGUUUAAACCCUAAAAUAAUAUUUUUUUUAUCAGAAAUAUAAAUUCAGCAGUUGAUUUAGGAAUCGUAUAAUAUUUAACUAAUUUAUCUAAUCAUUAAAAUAUUUAUACCUACAUAAUUUUUCACGCACAAUUUUCACAGUGGAAAUGCUGUUUAAAAUUGAAUAGAUACCUUCUUACUAACAAAAUAUUUUGAUCUGUACAUUAAAAAGACAUUCUAGUUCAGUGAAAUAGGUGAUAUUUUUUUUUUGAUCGCCUAUCCUCUAGUUUAACGCUAUAAUAACUACUUAUUUCUAAAUAAUUGUACUAUAUUAUACUCAUUUGUUAUAUUGUUUUAUUAUGAAAAAUUCACUGUUAUAAAAUAUUCUUCAGAUUUAACGCGUAAAGGUAACUUCCCCAAAAAAUAUUCAGGGCCAGCUUAGGUCAGCUUUAUUGGCGGUACGAGACUUCAUUUUGAUUCUCCAUAAAUGUAUUUAUUUAAAAAUAAAUAUUUAAAAAAUAUGUUUAUGAGAUGGGAAGAAGAAAAUAGUGUUAAAUAUAACUAAAGCGAUUCACAAUAAAGCGCCGGCCACACGGGCCGCGUAUGCGUCGCGUAAGCGUUGACGUAGCGCGUACCAUUGCGUUGUAAUGUAUGGAACUGUAUGAGAAUUGAAACAUGGCAUACCGCUUACGUGGCGUGAACGGUCGCGUAGACGUAAUGCGUGCAGUUAUGUCUACGGAUUCACGCGCGUCACAAGCAAGUGCCACGUGUACGUGCGCGCGUGUGAAUCAGCUAUUACAAUCAUAAUUGAAGAGUGCGUGCGAAACAAGAGCAAAAUUUCAAUAUUGGCCAAGAGGAUGAAUUUUUCAGUCCGUUUUGGUCGUUUCGGUGCUUUCUCAAAUCAUAGUUCAAGGCACUCGCAAUUUGAUAAAGCGAGCAUGAAGUUUUGAAUAUGAACCUACCUAUGCAAAACAUAAAAAGUUUUAAUAUAGCAGUAGAUCGUUUAGCGCCUGCUCAAAUUAACCAUUAUAAGCAAUCUUUGAUCUAUACCUAAUCUUUCGAUAAGUUACUUACCAACAUUGUUAUUUGU